GUUAUUCUUGAUAUACCAAUAGGUCAGAGCUAACAUUUGCAAAGGUUGUGAUAAAAACUUAAUCUGCAAAAAUAAUAUUGAUUCAAAGACAAAUUUUGCAGAAAUUCUUUCACAAAGAUGCCUCAAGGAAUACUGCACGUAAUUUUAAUCAGUGCUAAAGGUCUUAAAAACACUGAUUUUUUAUCUAACAUGGAUCCAUAUGCUGUCCUAACUUGCCGAACUCAGGAAAAGAAAAGCGGUGUUGCUUCAGGGCGAGGAUCUGAACCAGAAUGGAACCAAAGCUUUAUCUUUACUAUUUCAGAAGGUUCAUCUGAGCUGCUUAUCAAACUAUGGGACAAUGAUACUGGUAGGAAGGAUGAUGUUAUCGGAGUAGCAACCAUUCCUCUAGAACCGGUGUUUGAGGGAGGAAGUGUACCAGAAGGUAUUUACAAUGUGGUGAAGGAUGAGGAGUAUUGUGGGGAGAUUAAAGUUAGCCUUUUAUUCAGUCCUGAUGAGGAGAGCAGGGGUGAAGAUGAAGAGAACUAAGGAGGCUGGAAUUCGUCUCGAUAGAGAAAGAGUCCGCCCAUAUAUUGGAAUAUUGGAUUGGAUUGUUUGACGACAUUGUGUGUGCAUUUUCUUGUCCAAAAAGACUAGAUUGUUUGAUGAUACUGCCUGCAUUCUGUUUGCUAAAUUGCCAGAAAGGUUAAACAAUCCUUUAUAUGAAAAGCUAUUGAUGCUGCUUCUUUUUUCCUAAAUUUAGUUAUAUGAAAUGUUUUCAGUAACAACUGAUGCAGUCUUUUUCGAUCAUUUAAAUGCCGCUUCUUUUUUCCUAA